UUCAUUCAUUUGUGCCAAACUCCAAAAUAACACACUCCUCUUCAUGCUUCAUACCCAACAACCUUUGACUCUGUUUCUGUGCAUACCAAACACAAAUGCCAUUCAUCAUAGAUAUGCAUAGAUUGCUUUACAUCAUUGUUAGUUACUCGCGCCACUACUGCUUCUUCUUAUUUCAAAGUCCUUUUUAAUUUCAGUUUCUAGUUUUCUGCAUAACCCCUUUAAUUCUGUUUGAUCCCAAUUAUAUAAUCAGUAAUAAAAUAGUAAAAAUCCCCAAUUUUGGCUUCAAUCAUUGAUAAAGUUCAUGUUUUUAUAACUACCCAUGUGCCCAUAUUGAUGAUCUUCACUCUUCACAACAUCACAUGUUCAAGGCUUGAUUUUUGGCGCAGUCUAUGGUAUUGGUACUCCCUAUUAGAUAGAUCUAUAGCGGUUUUAUUGUUGUGCCAUAACCUUUCAAUUCAAGCUUUGAAAAUAACAACCAUAUCAUAGAUUUUUUUUCUCCCCUUCAUUUUGAUGCCUUUAUUUAUAUUCAGUGAUGAUGCUGUGUUCAGAGUUGACUUCAUUACAAGAGAAGAAGAGUUCUGUAAUUGAAAUGUUAGAUUUUUAGUGAUUUGGUUUUGCCUAUUGGGAAAGAUGGAAUCUAGGGCUAUGGUUCUUGAAGAAGGGAAAGAGAGAACAACAAACCAAGUAAAAGGGUUACCUAUAACGUUGUUGAGGGUGCUUAUUUUGUUUGUUACAAUCUGUGCUGUUUUCUCAGUUAUUAGCAUAUAUACACUUAAGCAUUUUGGGAUUGAGAGUGUUGUCACAACAUCAGUGAUGAAAUCUAGUUUUCAGCCAUGUCGUGGCGAACAGGAUAGGUUGUUAGACUUGGAAGAUUGGAUUCGGCCUAAUUCGAAUCCAAUCCACAAUAUGAGCGACAAAGAAUUGUUUUGGAGAGCUUCAUUUGGUCCUAGGAUCAAGGAUUACCCUUUCAAAAGGGUUCCUAAGGUUGCAUUUAUGUUCCUUACCAAGGGACCAUUGCCAUUAGCACCCCUUUGGGAGAGGUUUUUCAAAGGAAAUGAGAGGCUUUAUUCGAUAUAUGUCCAUUCGCUGCCGUCGUUUCAGCCUCAGUUCAGUCGUUCUUCUGUUUUUUAUAACAGGCAAAUCCCUAGCAAGGUUGCUGAGUGGGGAAGGAUGAGCAUGUGUGAUGCCGAAAGAAGACUACUCGCUAAUGCAUUGCUCGACAUCUACAAUGAGCGGUUUAUUCUUCUAUCCGAAUCAUGCAUUCCUCUCUACAAUUUCAGUUUCGUCUACAAUUAUAUCAUGGAAUCCAAGCACAGCUUCAUGAGUGUGUUUGAUGAUCCUGGACCUUAUGGAAGGGGACGCUACCGGAAUGAAAUGGCCCCUCUUGUGAACAUAACACAGUGGCGUAAAGGCUCUCAAUGGUUUGAAGUGAAUCGAAAGAUUGCCACCAGCAUUGUUGAAGAUACGAGAUAUUAUCCGAUUUUUGAAAAGUAUUGUAGACCAGCUUGUUAUGUUGAUGAGCAUUAUUUUCCAACCAUGCUGAGCAUUGAAGCAGGGAAUGCAUUGGCUAAUCGGAGCUUAACCUGGGUGGACUGGUCCCGGGGUGGCGCGCACCCGGCUAGUUUUGGAAAAUCAGACAUCAGAGAAGAGUUUAUCGUUAGAAUUCGCAGUCGUCAUCAUUGCAAAUACAAUGAAAGGAACUCCACAGUUUGUGUUCUUUUUGCAAGAAAAUUUUCUCCUAGUUCUUUGAAACCUUUGUUGGAUAUGGAUUCAAGGGUCUUAGGCUUCUAACACUUGAUAUUUUUCACUUUCAAUUGAAACUAUAGGAAAGAUAUACAUGUAGAAUAAUAAUAACAAUAAUUUAAAGUCUUUUGAAUCUUAGCUUAUAGCUUAGUAAAUCAUAUGGCUAUGGUGAUUGGUGGGUUUCUUGUUCACCAUUUUAGACAUUUUUUGAUGUACAAAGUAUAUGAUUAGCCAUUGUCCUUAAAAAUUUACAUAAUGAUUGAAUCUUGAUCUUCAUAA